CAUCCUCUGCACUAUCCCAAAGUGAAGCUGCAGAUUCUCGGUCAUCUGAGUGAAAUCUGCCUCUCCGCUCCACCAGCAUGUAGUCACAUGAGUGCGGACACCAGAGCUGCAUCCAUGCCGUCUUUCUGACCGAUUUAUUUCCCGUGUUCCAUAUACCGGCGGUGACAUUAAAUACCCUCCUGUCGCCAUGCUGCAGAUUGGGGAUGAAGUGAUGUAUUUCUCGGCUCUUUUCCUGCUCGUGUUAUUGGCUACGAGGAGCGCCACCGGGGCCUCCCUCCUCACCGCAUUCCUCUACGUCUUCAUGGUGAUGUUCCGGUUUCCUCCCGUGCCGGCGGACCAGGCCGGUCGAGUCCUGCGGCCCGGGGCUCCUUCAGGCAGCGUGCCGGUGGUGGCGCACCGGGGAGGGAGUCACGAUGCUCCGGAGAACACCUUGGCAGCGAUCAGAGAGGCCAGUCGAAACGGAGCGACCGGAGUGGAACUGGACCUGAGCUUCACGGCCGACGGAGUGGCUGUGCUGAUGGACGAUGAGACUGUGGACCGCACCACCAACGGCUCUGGACAAGUCAACAAACUUCACUUUGUCCAGCUUAGGAGACUAGACGCUGCCGCUCGCCACAGGCUGAAGGACAAGUUCAGCGCAGAAAAGGUUCCAACUCUACAAGAGGCGGUGGAAGAGAGCAUCAAACACCAGCUGACCAUCUUCUUUGAUGUCAAAGGUCAACCUGAUAAGGCUGCAUCGGUGCUUCAUGAGAUGUACAAGAAGUUCCCGGUCCUUUACAAUUCCAGCGUCGUUUGCUCCUUUGAACCCAAAGUCAUCUACAAGAUGCGUCAGACCGACCCCCGCGUGGUCACGGCCCUCACGCACCGUCCCUGGAGACUGAGCCAAUUUGCCGACGGCGCCCCUCGCACCCUCUCCUCAUGGGGUCAGCUGUGGACCGGUGCUCUGGACAUCCUGCUGGACUGGGCCCACCAUCACAUACUGUGGAAGCUCUGUGGAAUCUCUGCCAUCCUGGUGCAGAAAGACUCCAUUUCAAAGGACUAUGUUCAGUACUGGGCAGAGAGAGGGGUGGAGGUGCUGGGCUGGACCGUCAACACCGCCGUGGAGAAGGACUACUACCAGAACCUGCUGGAGAUCGGCUACAUCACCGACAGUCUGCUGGAAGACUGCGAAGCUCAUUUCUGAAAUUAGUCACGCGAACACACACACACACGCAGGGAUGUUCAACUCUUUACUAUUUCUAUGUUAGAGGUCGAUAAACGAGACUACUGCAUUUUGCCAGCUCCUCUCAAAGAACAUAAAAUCCUGAAAUGUGUCAUAAGUUGAAGCGAGAAGUUUGGUGCUUAUUACUAACUGUCAUUCAAACAAAGAUUUCUAUGAUUUACUCGCCUGUAGCUGGUAUACAGGUGAUUUCCCCUUAAACUAUACCACAGACACUCUUCUUAAUUCUUAUCCAACUGCAAUACCUCCACAUUACCCGGACCAGGGAUUAUUCUGUACCUUAAAGACCUUUUCUACCUUCUGCGGUGAACUUCCAGGGGCUUUGUUGCACCUUUUGGGACGCCAGGGUAUAUGCCGUAGUUAUGAUAUUACCUUUUAAGGCCUGCUUUCAUAGCUAGAUUGCGACCUCUAGAAGGUGACCUGUGAAUGUUCCAUGACUUCACUGAAACUUGCCUUCUGUCAUUAAAGUUAGAAGAGCUACAAGACAUUAAGGAUUAUAUAAGACUACGCUAGGAUAAUAUGUUUGGGUGAGCAUGAGGUAGAGAUGAAUAUUAUAUUUGCAUCUUGUUUUAACACAAUCACUGUAUGUGGAUAAGGGUAAUUUACUGCAUAUUCAAGGCCAGAUUGAUAUGUUAUUUUAUCUUUUUGUGACAUUUAUCACGUCACUGAUCCAAGUUCUGCUGUGAGAAGUGCUGCUCGUGAUUAAUAAUUCUCAUUUUAUGUCGGAACUGUUCUUUUAAUGUCAAGUAGGACGGUGAAGAAUGUCAGUAUAAAAGUCCCCUCGUGUGCAACUCGCCUGUAACUGUGAAAUGAAACGUUUUCAUCAAUAGUGAUACGAAGGACAUUGUAAUAAACUGAGGUUUGAAGGAGAAAAAAAAUACUUUUAAUCAGAUAAAGUUGUGGUCUGAGAUUUAAUUGUGAAAUUAAACAUUGUAGGUUUCCUCAUCAAUGAACAUUUCAUCAUGCUCUU